CAUAACAAAAAUUUCAGUCGGCUUUUUCACGACGCGCUCGCGGUUUGUUUGUUUCAACAGAUUUUUACACCGAUUUCCAAGUGCAUUAGCUGAAAAAAAGAAUAGAAGAAAAUCGGAUUUGAUUUUUGUUAAUUUUCAAUCUAAAAUAAGCUGUGAAAAAAAAAACAAAACCAAAAGUCAUGAUGCUGCAGCACAAGCCUCUAACCAAAGGAGCAUAAAAUGUAAAGCUAAAAUGGGAGUUUGCUUGGAUGUAUCAAAUUGGUAUUACUGCUGCCCUUUCUAUUGUAGAACUGAGCGACUAAGAGUCGUGCUCUAAUGCUAAUUUGUGUGUUGUAAAUCUUAACUCUUGGACGAUGGACUAAUGAGCAGCCCGCUGGGAGUGCAAGUAAGCCAGAGAGACGGAGUGAGAGAAAGAGAGAGAGAGAGAGAGAGAAAGAGGCACAGAAUCAGCCAGACAGCGAGACAGCCAAUCAGCUUGUCACGCAGUCAAGCCGCCGUCGAACGCACACAGCAGCUUAACGGCUUUUAUUGGCAUUGACACAGAGAGAGUAAGAGAGGGAGGGAGAGAGUGGGAGAGCAUGUUUGAUGUCACCUGGCUGCCCACCGCUUGCGGCUCAUUGGCGCCCGCAUUGAUACCGCCGGCUCAUAUCGUCAUCCUCUGGUACUUUUGGGAGAAUUAUGCACGCUAUGUGGAUAGGCACUUCUGUACGUGCUCCUGCUGGGACACCGUAUUCAAGGGCCCCUACGAGUCGGGAGUGGCCGCAUACAAGCACAUGUACUUCAAUGCGACGCCGAACAGCUUCAAGAUGUGGAUACUUACCGUCUUUGCGGUAAUUGCACUUUACGAGUGCAUCAAGCGGCUCAUCGCAUUGAUCCUGCAGCAGCGUGUGCGCUACUCGAUGCUGCUGCUCUUCCUGCUCUCCAUCUUCUCGCACUAUUAUGCCUGGUGGGCGUACAUCAACUACUACAACGACGAUUACUACAAUCAAUGGAAUCACCAACUGUUCUUCACGAUAACGGAGCUGUUCUCCACCGUGCUGGUGAUGCACCUGGCCAGCACAACGAACGUGGUCAAGCCGAAGAAGGUGUUCUGCAUUGUGGGCAUUGCGCUGCUGCACAUUUUGGCUGGGAGUUUCGAUCAGUUCUUCAUGAAUGUGGUGCGCGGCGAGGGCGCCGCCCAUCAGGUGGUGCGCGACAUUGGCUUUAUGCUGCCGGAUCUGUUGCAUCUGAUUGUGCCGCUGUGGCUGCUGCGCCGGGCGCGCAGUGAGAGCUUCACAACGCGUCCCUUCUACCGGGAUCGGAAGCUGCAUCGGGAUAUUGUGGCCAUGCUGUGCCUGGUCUCGAUGCUGUUUGUGCUCUGCACGAUUUUGUGAGAACGAAUCCUGUUGGGCGCCUACGAGGAGGCGCACGGCAAGAUAAAGCCCGCCCAGGAUGCUGCCGUCUUGCUGCUGAAUCGCUAUCGCAUGCUGGCCAACAGCAAUGUGCACAACUAGUGGACGACGGCGACGGCUGGAUCGCUUGGCGGGAAUGGACUGUGGACAAUAUGCUGCACUUGCCAGUAAGUGUGUUGGGGGGAGGGGCGCAGCCACGCCCCUUGGCUUGUAGUUUUGUGCUUUAUAUUUUGCAAUUUACGAUUUGUGAUAGUUUUUCGAAGAGAGAAAGAGAGAGAUAGAGAGGGAGAAUUUUGUUGGGAUUGGGGCACACAGAGAAUAUCGAAGCAUAUAUAUAUUGUAUACAUAUGUAUGUCUACACAUACGAGUAUCAACUAAAUACUUAUCCAAGUACAUAAUCAAUACAGCAAUCUGUUGACUUCCAUUUAGAAAUGUUGGAACAUAUCCCACAUAUAACUGCAGUAGGCAUAACUAGAACAAAUAUCACGAGUCAGCGAUUCGGCUGCGAUAGACCCAAUAACACAACGAAUGUGUAAUUAGCAUAAGCUCUGGCUAAGUUCGAACUGUUAGCAAUUCGGAGGGCGUUUAAUGAAGACCU